ACAGAGAUGGUUUACAUGCACUAUAUCGCGUCCAGGCCCGCCAACUCGGGGACCAACAUGCCUCAUUUUGUCUGGGUAGUCCUCUCCCCCGAUCGAAACACUGCCGACACCCUCUUCCGCAUCUUACAAGACAAUAUCGGCAAGUCACUGACCGUCCCGAGCGUUGGUUCUGCGACCGCAACCUUGACACCAGUGGACAUCGAGCGACUGGCCCCAAAGCUCUGGGUCCUGCAGAUCAAAGAGAGUCCUGAGAACGUCGCCUUCUUGGGCACGGCGAUAUGUCCUCACACGGCACACGACGUUGACCCAGCCUUUGAUUCGGUCUCGGGCAAGAUGUUUCUGUACUCUAUGGGCAACUAUCCCGACCUGGGUGCAAAGUUGCUUCCCGCCGCCACCGACUUUGAUCACGACUAUAUUUCUGGGUACAGCUACUUUAUCCGCCGCCGAGGCUAUCCGAGUACAUACUGGUACUGCUGCGGCAAUCUAAUCUGCCUUUCAACUACCAAGCGAUCGCGGUUCAUUGUCAGGAUUGCGGAUGAGCACGGGGCCGGCGACCGGCUACCCAAACGGCCCAUGGUCAACGAGGACCAGAUCUCCAUCGAAUGGAUUGAGAAGGUCGGCCGCAAACGGGUCGGCGUCGAUGCUAACGAGUGGUUGACCGUCAAAGCGAAAACGCCAAAGUCUUUUCAGUUCUCUGACUUUCAGGGCCGGUUCUAUCUGGGCAAUGAGGGAACGCUGGACAACCCAGAUCCAGCGAGGGUGGGCACCACUCUUGACGUCGUCUGUUGGUCGUCAGAGGUAUUUCAGGACAGCUUUGAGCUGUGUUAUGGAAUCCCGCCGUGCGGUGACCUGUAG